GCAAGUGCUGCGAGCUCCGUAGCAAGCGCCGCUCCAAGUGAAGCGAAGAAGGCUGCUGCUCCUAAAGCAGAAGCUGCCAAAGCUGAUGACACGAAAUCCGUGAAAUCCACAAAAUCUACCAAGUCGAGCAAAUCUAAAAAAGAUGAAAAGGCUCUUGACGAAGAAGAAGUCGAUGAAAGACUUGAAUUUAUUCUUUCGUACUUUACGAAAUCGUAUCGCCUGAAACAAGAAAAAUGGACGAAGAUGAUGGCAGCGGAUGAAAAUAAGAAAAUGAUUUUGAAAUUUUUGGACAACCCGAAAGAGAAGUUCUUGAUCAUGACUAUCACCGCUGCAGGACUAUUGACACCAUUUACUGAGUUCAAUAAUCAAAUCAAGUCUAAAUACACCUACUUUAUCAAAAAGAGGAAGGAAAAAGUGACGAUAGAUAAUUUCUGCGAUGUUGUGCUUUUUGGUGAUAUGGCAGGAAAGCCAAUUGAAGAACUGUCGGUUCUUUUAGACACUGUUCUAAUCCCGUUGCUGGCAAACCCUGGAAAUCAGACUAACUGGCCUCAAGUGGUUGCAGAUGAUGUUGUAGCUCAUGUCAGAACCUUCAGAAACGCAGUGGAACAACUUAAGGGUGCCAUGAAGAGCCAAACUGUGCUUCCAAUGCCUCAAGGCAUGUCGAAGCUUUUCGAAGCAAUCACCCAAUUUGAAGACUCUGAUGGUACUAGAACAGAUCUAGUUCUUAAAGCGUCGUUGGAAAGUGGUGUCACUAAAUGGUCAACUGUGUGCAACGAAAUUCUGCGCCAGUCUUCUACCAUUGCUUUCGACGGAGGAAAUCAUCCAUCGCCGAGUACCGAAGUGGCAUUCUGGAAAGCACGGUUAAAGAAUCUAGAGUUUAUUUACGACCAGUUGAGGGACCCUCGAGUCAAACAAAUGGCAAAGUAUCUUGAAAUGACCAAAAGUGCUUACACCUCCACGUUCAAGAAAGUCUUUAAAGAUAUAGUUGCUGGUGUUGUCGAGGCUAGAGACGUUUGCUUGUAUCUGAAGCCUCUGGUUCCCCAUUUUGCCGCAUUUGAGGACAACGAGCUUCUGGAAAAUGAGAACAAGAUUAAACCGUUGAUACACUGUAUGGGUCUGGUUUGGGCUAAUUCCAAAUACUACUGUUCCAAUGAAAAAAUGGUCAUUUUGUUUAGAGAAAUCGCCAAUAUGUUGAUAGACGCAAGCAAUCGUCAGUUGGAUCCUGAGUCUAUUUUUCAAGGAGAACCUGACGAAAUGUACGAAAAAAUUGUCAAAACUAUAGACAUUUUGGAUUUUUUUAUGGAAUCGUUUGAGUUUGUGAGAGAUAAUCUGGCUACAUAUUUCAGAAAAGAAGACGAAGAAAUGCCUCCUCUUUGGACGUUUCACAAAAGAACUGUUUUUCAGAGACUCAUCGACUUUGUCAAUCGCUUAAAAUUGAUAAAAGGGAUUCUCGCAACUAAUUUAGGAUUUAGUAAAUUAGAAAAGGUGGAAUUUGGUGGGAUCAAAGGAAGAUUGUUGUCUCAAAAGUGUGAACAAAUUUUUGACGAAUUUGGUAGCGCUUACAGCGUUUUUAAUAAUAUUCAGUACGAUCCUUGUGAUAUUGCUGACGAUAGUAUCCUUAGGGAUAAUGACGAGUUUUUUGCCAGAUGUGCUGAUUAUGAUAAAAGAUUAGCUGCGAUAUUUUCUCAAGCGUUUGACGAUUGUUACAAUCUUGAAAGUAUUUUCAAAUUCCUUGCAGUCAUUGGAAAUUUGCUUGAACGGCCUGUCAUCAGAAAUGAAAUAACACCAAAGUAUCAAAGGAUUAUUGAUAUUUUUAACGAAGAACUUGAUACGGUUAAAGUGAUCUACGACGAAGGAAAAAAGAAUGGAGUGCCUAUUGAUAAGAACUUUCCCCCAGUGGCGGGUACUUUAAUGUGGCUUUUCAAGCUGAGACAAAGAAUUGAAAAGCCUGGGGAAGAUCUGAAAUUACUUGAAGACGAUAUUAUUAAAGAAGAAGAGGCUCUUCACGUCUUUGAUAAAUACGACCAUAUGUUAAAAAUUCUGGAAACUGAUAGUCAGCAAACAUUUAAUAAAUGGUGUAAAUCAAUUCCAGCAGAGAUAGAGGCUAGUAUAGCAAAAUUCGAGUUGAUACGCAAACCGAACGAUUUAAUAUAUCUGAAUUUUGAUGAUCAGUUAGUCGCUGCUCUGCGAGAAGUCAGGUAUAUGAAAUUUUUGGAGCUUCCGGAAAUUCCUCCUGAGGCCGUUGAGUUGUAUGAAAAAGUAGAACUGUUCUUCGACUGCCAACAGAAGUUUAACAGAGUUGUGGAAUGGUAUAACCAUCUGAAAAUAAGUACACUGCCAGUGGAAUAUAAUUUAAUUGAGGCCGAAAUGAAAAAAGUUGAUGAAAUGUUAGAAUCAGUCAUAUCUGUUAUAACUUGGAGUACGCAUGAGAAUGAGACUUUAAUAGCGAUAUAUGAUAAAGUAAAAUAUCUUUACGACAGAAUUAACCAAUGUCAGAAGAAUCUGACCCAAAUUAAUACUGAAUUGGAUGCAUGGGUCAAUUUCCCUCUGUUCGAAAGAAGAGAGGGCAAGAAAGAAAAUUUGCUAUAUUUAGAAGAUCGACACGAACGUUCUAUCAAGCGAUAUAAUCAAAUUGAGACCACGUACGAGGAAGCUAAAAGAAUGUUGGCGGAGAAUUAUCGACUAUUCUUCGAUAUUCCUGAAGUUGUGGAAGAGCCCCCUCCUGAAGAAACCUCUCCGGAAGAAGAGUCGCCCACUGUUGAGACCCCAACUCCACGGAAAGGCAAAAAAGGGAAAAAAGAAGAUGACGAGAAAAAGGAGAAAGCAGACAAGAAAGAAAAACCGAAGAAAGAGAAAGAGCCGGAGAAAAAAGAAAAGGACAAGAAGGGAAAGAAAGGAAAGAAGAAGAAGAAGUCAGUUGAAGAAGAAGCGCCACCGCCAGAAGAAGUGGUAGUUGAUACUACUGAAAGCGAACGCCAAGCAAACUGGAGAAAAUAUUUGGAAUAUAUUGACGAACUUGUUAAAUCUAAGUUGAUCAAAGCGGUUUACAAUAGUUUAAUUUACAUUAUGAAUGAAAGCGGUGACGUAGUACCAGUUGUGCCUUUGUUUGAGUUAUCUUUAGAGCUUCACGACCCGAUGAUCAAUUUUGUACCAUCUAUCGACUUAACAGACGAGGACAAUUUUGUUGAAGAUAUGACAGCCUUAAUUGAGGAUAUCUUUAAAAUGGGAGAAGUUAUGAAGCGAAUUGAUCCAGAGAGAGAGGAAUCUGAUUAUUUUAAAGACGUUAAAUCUGAUCCUACUUUAGCUAAAAUGACUGAAGAGAUUUUAAGCAGGGUUAUGCUUAUGAGGGAAGAUGCAUACGAAUAUCUUAAGGAGUUUGACGAAUACGUACAUUUCUGGACUGACGAUAGACAAGAAUAUCUUCGACAAUUCUUAAUGUUCGGCAGACUUUUGAGUCAAGAAGAACUCGAAAGAAUUGCGGAACUUAAAGAAACUCCCCCCACUGUUCCUCAGUUUAAGGAACAAAUUGACCAUUACGAUGACAUGUAUAAAAAAAUAGAGGGAAUGGCUGAUGAUCACAUAUUAGAUGGUGACUGGACGAGAGUUAAUGUUAGACCUUUGAAGCAGGCUAUUCUGAAUACCAUUUGUAAAUGGGGUAACUUGUUUAAACAACAUCUUUACGAUCGUGUUAUUAAUAGUCUAAACGAACUGGAUAGUUUUAUCGUUGAAGCCAUUCAAGCCAUGCAAGUAGAACUCGCGGAAGAUGAUUACGAUGGUUUAAUAAAAGUCAUGGGUUAUCUAUUUAAAGUCAAGGAAAGACAGCUAGAGACUGAUAACAUGUUCGAACCGCUGAAAGAAAUCAUGGAUUUACUUUUUGAAUACGGAAUGGAAUUUCCUGAAGAGGUACACGUUCAACUUCAGGAGAUCCCAGACAGAUGGCAGCAGUGCAAAAAGGUUGCCGCAACAACGAAACAAAAUGUUGCUCCACUUCAGGCUCUUCAAGUCAACGCGAUCAAAAGACGUAUUAGCCUGUUUGAAAUACGACAAGUUAUGUAUAGAGACAUGUUUAAAAAGCUUCCAUUUUUCAACUGGAACUGCAAAAAUGUCUAUAAAUUGUUAGACAAAACAAACGGUGAACUCGUGGAAUUAGAAGCUGAGAUGGUGAAGUUACAAGAACAAGCUAAUUUGUUUGAACUGACACUGCCUGAAUUCAAACCUAUGAAUUCUGCACGGAAGGAAAUCAGGCAAAUUAAACAACUGUGGGAUUACGUUUUUAUAUUUAGAUCGUGUAUCGACGAGUGGAAGAAAACACCUUGGAAGAAAAUCGACGUUGAGGCUAUGGAAAUGGAAUGCAAGAAAUUCGCCAAGGAAGUCCGUCAAAUGGACAAAGAAUUGAAGGCUUGGGAUGUUUACGUUCAGCUAGAAGCAGCAAUUAAAAACAUGAUGACUUCUUUGAGAGCAGUAACGGAAUUACAAAAUCCAGCGAUUAGAGAACGACACUGGAAACAACUUAUGCAGGCAACAAAGGUCCGCUUUGUCAUGGACGAUUCCACAACUCUCAGUGAAUUACUUGCUUUGAAUUUGCAUGAAUACGAGGACGAAGUCAAGAACAUCGUUGAUAAAUCCGUGAAAGAAAUGGCGAUGGAAAAAAUUCUCAAAGAAUUAAACGCAACAUGGGUUAACAUGUCCUUCGCUACGGAGGUUCAUGAGCGGACUAACUUGAAACUUUUAGUGGCAUCCGAAGAAUUAAUAGAAACGUUGGAAGAAAAUCAAGUGGCGCUCCAAAAUAUGAUGACGUCUAAGUUCAUCGAUUUUUUCUUGGACGAAGUUUCCGACUGGCAGAAAAAACUGUCGAACGCCGAUCAAGUCAUCCAAGUUUUUUUUGAAGUGCAACGUAAAUGGUGUUACUUGGAGAGCAUUUUUAUAGGGUCUGAAGAUAUAAGAAGUCAGCUACCUGAAGAUUCGAAGCGAUUCGAAAAAAUAGAUAGGGAUUUUAGAGAAGUUCUCAAUGAAAUGUUGAAAGACUUGAACGUGAUACGAGCCACGAACAAACCAGGGCUUUAUGAUAAACUUGACGGGAUUUUGUCACAGUUGAUUUUGUGCGAAAAAGCAUUGAAUGAUUAUUUGGAUACGAAGAGGUUGGCAUUUCCACGAUUCUACUUCGUGUCUUCCGCAGAUUUGCUAGAUAUUCUUUCUAAUGGAAACCAACCUGAUCUGAUUCAGAGACACUUAACAAAGUUAUUUGACUCUUUAGCAAAACUUAAGUUCGAAAAAGACGGCGGCAAAAACACAAAAAGAGCCUUCGGAAUGAUAUCCAAAGAAAAUGAAGAGCACGUACAGUUUAGUCAAACUUGUGACUGUUCGGGGAAGGUUGAAGUCUGGUUAAAUCGCGUUAUAGACGUAAUGAGAAAAACCCUACAAAGCUGUUUUGCCGAAGCAAUAUCAACCUACGACGAGAAACCAAGAGAAGUUUGGAUCUACGACUAUCCGGCUCAACCUGCCCUUUGCGGUACCCAAAUCUGGUGGACGACUGAAGUGAAUUUAGCUUUCGCACGAUUAGAAGAGGGUUACGAGAACGCUUUAAAAGACUACCAGAAAAAACAAAUAAAUCAGUUAAGCGCUCUCAUUAAUUUGCUAUUGGGGGACUUAACUGCAGGUGAACGUCAGAAAAUUAUGACCAUAUGUACCAUCGACGUACAUGCGCGAGAUGUAGUGGCGAAAAUGAUACAAAUGAAAGUGGAAAACUCACAAGCGUUUCAAUGGCAGAGUCAGUUGCGACAUCGAUGGGACGAUAAGAUUAAAGAUUGUUUUGGAAACAUCUGUGAUGCUCAAUUUAGAUAUCAGUAUGAAUAUUUGGGUAAUACUCCACGCUUGGUGAUUACCCCUCUGACUGACAGGUGUUACAUAACUUUAACACAAAGUUUACACUUGAUAAUGGGUGGGGCACCCGCCGGACCCGCAGGAACCGGGAAAACCGAAACCACUAAAGAUCUAGGCAAAGCCUUAGGGGUGAUGGUAUAUGUCUUUAAUUGUUCAGAACAGAUGGACUACAAGUCGAUCGGAAACAUCUAUAAGGGACUUUCGCAGACGGGUUGCUGGGGAUGCUUUGACGAAUUUAAUCGUAUCUCGAUCGAAGUGCUAUCGGUGGUAGCGGUGCAGGUAAAAAAUAUCCAAGACGCUAUUAAAAAUAAAAAGUCAAAAUUCCUUUUUUUGGGACAAGAUAUCGUCUUGGUACCUACGGUGGGGUUGUUCAUAACUAUGAAUCCUGGUUACGCUGGACGAACAGAACUUCCAGAAAAUUUGAAGGCUUUGUUUAGGCCGUGUGCAAUGGUCGUCCCGGAUUUUGCUUUAAUUUGCGAAAUUAUGUUGGUAGCAGAGGGUUUCCAAGAAGCUCGUCUUUUGGCUAGAAAAUUUAUCACCUUGUAUACCCUUUGCAGAGAACUGCUGAGCAAGCAAGAUCACUACGACUGGGGUUUAAGGGCCAUCAAAUCCGUCUUAGUUGUCGCUGGGUCUUUAAAACGCGGUGACAGGCAACGACCCGAAGACCAAGUGUUAAUGCGAGCGUUGCGCGACUUUAACAUUCCUAAAAUAGUCACCGACGAUCUUCCGGUGUUUAUGGGACUGAUUGGAGAUUUGUUUCCGGCUUUGGAUGUUCCAAGGAAACGAGACGUGGAUUUUGAAAAGAUGAUUAAGAAAUCAGCGAUUGAUUUGAAGUUGCAACCAGAAGAUGGCUUUGUUUUGAAAGUGGUACAGCUGGAAGAACUGUUUGCUGUGAGACAUUCGGUUUUCGUUGUUGGUAAUACAGGUACGGGAAAGACUAUGGUGUGGAAAACUUUAAAUAAAACUUACCACAACCAGAAGAGGAAACCGGUGUAUAACGAUUUGAACCCUAAAGCUGUCACUAAUGAUGAAUUAUUUGGAGUAAUUAAUGCGGCGACCAGAGAGUGGAAGGAUGGUCUUUUUUCGGUUAUUAUGAGAGAUCAGGCUAACAUGACUGGAGAUGGACCUAAAUGGAUAGUUCUGGAUGGUGAUAUUGAUCCGAUGUGGAUCGAAUCCCUGAAUACUCUGAUGGACGAUAAUAAGGUUCUUACUCUUGCUAGUAACGAACGUAUUGCUUUGACACCAAUGAUGAGACUGUUAUUCGAAAUUGCGUCACUAAGGACGGCGACUCCGGCUACUGUUUCUAGGGCUGGUAUUCUAUACAUAAAUCCGGCCGAUUUAGGGUGGAAUCCGUUCGUAGCUUCUUGGAUUGAUACCAGAACGCAACAAAACGAAAAAGCAAAUCUUAUUAUUCUUUUUGACAAAUACGUACCACCAUGUCUUGAAAUAUUGCGUCAUAAGUUGAAAAAAAUCACACCCAUAUCCGAAAUAGCUCACCUGGCAAUGUUGUGCCACCUUUUAGACUGCUUUUUAACUCCACAAAACGUGCCCCCGGAUUGUCCGAAAGAAUGGUACGAAAUUUAUUUUGUGUUUUGUACUGUUUGGGCGUUUGGAUCUGCCUUGUUUCAAGAUCAGAUAGUAGAUUGGCGCAAUGAAUUCAGCAAAUGGUUUAUUAACGAAUUUAAAACUAUUAAAUUUCCAGUUACCGGAGGAAAUGUUUUCAGUUAUUAUAUAGAAGAAGAAAAUAAAAGAUUUGUUCCAUGGAUCGAGCUAGUACCUGAAUUUGAACUCGAUACAGACAUACCUCUACAAGCGACGUUGGUCAAUACCCCCGAAACAACAAGAAUACGAUUUUUUAUGGACUUGUUGAUGGGUAAGAGGAUUCCUGUGAUGCUAGUAGGUUCUGCUGGAAGUGGGAAAAGCGUAAUCGUUGCCGACAAGCUUCAGAAUCUCUCCGAGAGUUACGCUGUUACAAACGUGCCGUUCAACUUUUACACAACUUCGGAAAUGUUGCAAAGGAUUUUGGAAAAACCUUUGGAAAAGAAAGCAGGUAGAGUAUUUGGUCCGCCUGGAAGUAAGACCAUGAUUUAUUUUAUUGAUGAUUUAAAUAUGCCAGAAGUGGACAAAUACUUCACUGUACAACCUCACACUUUGAUUAGACAGUAUAUGGAUUACCAGCACUGGUACGACAGACAAAAACUUACAUUGAAAGACAUCCACAACGUUCAGUUUGUUUCUUGCAUGAAUCCGACAGCCGGAUCAUUUACCAUCAAUCCUAGACUACAAAGGCAUUUCUGUACUUUUGCUGUAAGUUUUCCAUCAACUGACGCGUCAAUCCAAAUUUAUCAUAGCAUUAUCAGUCAACACCUUGAAGCCGAACAAAACAAAUUUAACCGAUCUAUUCCGAAGUAUUGCGAGAGCUUAGUAAACGCAGCGGUGUUUUUGCACCAGAAAGUCGCAACUACUUUUCUUCCGACUGCUAUUAAAUUUCAUUACACAUUUACUCUGAGAGACUUGUCGAAUAUCUUUCAAGGUAUGUUGUUCAGCACUGGAGACGCUAUUAAAACUCAAACUGAUUUAAUGAGGCUCUGGAUCCACGAAUCUAACAGGGUAUACGGAGACAAAUUAGUAGAAAAGCGGGACUUGGAUACAUACAAGAAGCUUGUUAUCGACUCGGUUAAAAAAAAUUUUGAAGAGUUUAACGAAAACGAAGUGUUUGAGGAACCUUUGAUUUUUUGUCACUUCGCUGAAGGUAUGGGAGAUCCGAAAUAUUUUCAAAUUCAAGAAUUCCAGCAUUUAAGUAAACUUCUUCAGGAAGCAUUAGAUGGUUACAAUGAUUUAGUGAUGGCAAUGAAUUUGGUCCUGUUUGAAGAUGCAAUGUAUCAUAUCUGUCGUAUUAAUAGAAUAAUGGAAGCUCCUAGGGGCAAUGCGUUGCUCAUUGGAGUUGGUGGUUCUGGUAAACAGUCUCUGACAAGACUUGCCGCUUUUAUAUCGUCUUUUGAAGUUUUUCAAGUUCAGUUAAAGAAAGGAUAUGCCAUUGCUGAUCUUAAAGCAGAUUUGGCUACGUUGUAUUUGAAAGCAGGUUUGAAGAGUGUUGGUAUUGUCUUUUUAAUGACUGAUGCCCAGGUUCCUGAGGAAAUUUUUUUGGUGGCUAUUAAUGACAUGCUAGCUUCUGGAGAAAUCAGUGAGUUAUUGCCAGACGAAGACGUCGAAAACGUUAUCAGUGCGCUUAGAACCGAAGUGAAAAGUACUGGAGUCCAAGACACCAGAGAAAACUGUUGGAAAUUUUUUAUCGACAGAGUCAGAAGGUUGUUAAAAACAGUAUUGUGCUUCUCACCUGUCGGUUCUACUUUAAGAGUGCGCUCAAGAAAAUUUCCAGCACUCGUAAACUGUACAUCCAUAGAUUGGUUUCAUGAAUGGCCUCGAGAGGCUUUAGAGUCUGUGUCUAAGCGAUUUUUGGCGGAAAUUGAAGUCCUUCCAGAAGAUCUAGUAAUAUCAGUUUCAACUUUCAUGUCCGACGUACACGAAAGUGUGAAUAAAAUGUCUGAAAUGUACUUACAAAACGAAAAACGUUACAAUUAUACGACUCCUAAGUCAUUCUUGGAGCAAAUAGCCUUGUAUGGAAAACUUUUAUCGGAAAAGACCAAAGCUUUGGAAGAUAAUAUCGAGCGCUUGGAAUCUGGCUUACUUAAAUUAGCUUCUACUUCUGAAGAAGUUGACGGGUUAAAGGAGGUACUAGCGGUUCAAGAAGUCGAAUUGAACGUAAAGAACGAGGCAGCUGGAAAGUUGAUUGCUGUUCUCAGUGCCGAAAACGAAAAAGUCGCGAAAGAACAAGCCGUUGCUAGUGAGGAAGAAGCCAAAGUAAAAGUGAUUGAAGAAGACGUUAGCGUAAAACAGAAGAUUUGUGCUGACGAUUUAGCAAAAGCUGAACCAGCUUUAAUAGCAGCCCAACACGCUUUAAAUACCUUAAAUAAAAAUAAUUUAACAGAACUUAAAUCUUUCACUCAACCACCGGAAGCGGUAGUUACUGUGGUAAGUGCAGUGCUGAUUCUAUUUUCAACGAAAGGUAAAAUACCCAAAGAUCGUAGCUGGAAAGCCUGUAAAGGAAUGAUGACAAGAGUAGAUAAGUUUUUGGAAGACUUAAUUCACUACGACAAAGAGAAUAUGCACCCUGAUAUAGUUAAAGCUACCCUGGAAUUGACCAAACAUCCAGAAUUUAAUCCAGACAAAAUUUUGAGCAAAUCUAUCGCUGCAGCGGGACUGUGUGCUUGGGUUAUCAAUAUUUUGAAAUUCUACGAUGUUUUUGUGGUUGUUGAACCGAAAAGAAAGGCACUGCAAAAAGCAAACCAAGACCUGUCAGAAGCAAGAGCUAAACUUGCUGAAUUGAAUGAUAAACUGAAUUACUUGGAAGCACAACUGGCCGUUUUGAAAGCAGAAUUCGACGAGGCCAUAGCUGCUAAAAUGAAGUGUCAGGCUGAAGCAGACGCGACUACUCGAAUGAUAGAUUUAGCCAACCGGUUGGUUAACGGUCUUGCGUCGGAAAAUAUUCGUUGGAGAGAACUCGUGAAACUUUACAGGCAGUUAAUAAAGACUUUACCGGGAGAUGUCUUAAUGAUAACAUGUUUCAUUUCUUACGUCGGAUGCUUCACUAGAAGAUACCGGGCCGAACUAGUCGAUAAGUAUUGGGCGCCGCGUCUGAAAAAUAUCGAGCCAAAAAUUCCGAUGACUGAUGGUUUAGAUCCUCUGUCACUCCUUACAGACGACGCCAUGGUAGCACAGUGGAACAAUGAAGGACUACCCAAUGACCGCAUGUCAACAGAGAAUGCUUGUAUUUUGACGAAUUCUGCACGUUGGCCAUUGAUGAUUGACCCUCAGCUACAAGGGAUUAAGUGGAUUAAAACAAAAUACGGAGACACUUUGACUGUUAUUAGACUGAAUAUGAAAAAUUAUUUAGAUACUAUUGAGAGGUGUGUUAGCGAUGGAGAGGUCAUUUUAGUAGAAAACAUCGGAGAAACUAUUGACGCAGUUUUGGAUAAUAUUCUUGGAAGAGUGUUAAUAAAAAAAGGCAAAGCCAUUAAAAUUGGGGACAAAGACAUUGAUUACAAUCCUAACUUCAAAAUGAUUUUGCAAACGAAAUUAGCGAAUCCUCAUUAUAAACCAGAAAUACAGGCCCAAACGACUCUGAUUAAUUUCACAGUAACACGAGAUGGAUUAGAAGAGCAGCUCUUAGCCGAAGUCGUCAAAGUAGAACGUCCGGAUCUAGAAUCCUUAAAAUCGUCAUUGACCAAACAACAGAACGACUUUAAAAUAAUUUUGAAAAAAUGUGAGGAUAAUUUAUUGUAUCGUUUAUCGUCAGCCACCGGCAAUAUCUUAGGAGAUGUCGAACUGGUAGAAAACUUAGAAACCACAAAGAAAAUGUCCACCGAGAUUGAAGAAAAAGUGAAAGAAGCUAAAGUAACUUCCGUUCAAAUUGACGAGGCACGUGAACAGUACAGACCAUGUUCUGCGAGAGCAUCUCUUCUGUAUUUUAUUCUCAACGACUUAUGCCGCAUUAACGCGAUAUACCAGUUUUCGCUAAAAGCUUUUAGUGUGGUGUUUAAGGACGCUUUGGCCAAAGCAAAACCUGCAGAGAAGCUGAAAGAACGAGUCGUUAAUUUACUCGAUAACAUAACUUUCUCCGUUUUUAUGUACACCACUCGAGGUCUUUUUGAAUGUGAUAAACUCACCUUUAUGGCACAGAUGGCAUUCCAAAUUUUACUUCAUUCAGACGAAAUUGAUCACGAGGAGCUGGAUUAUUUGUUGCGAUACCCAGUGGUGCCAAAUCUGACAUCGCCAGUUGAUUUUUUAACGAAUCAGUCGUGGGGAGGAAUCAAGGCACUAGCGGAGUUCGAGGAGUUCAGAGGUUUAGACAAAGACUUGGAGGGAUCAGCGAAACGUUGGCGAAAAUUUGUGGACAGCGAAUGUCCAGAAAAAGAAAAGUUUCCUGGCGAGUGGAAAAAUAAAACGUCACUACAACACUUAUGCAUGAUGCGAGCCCUAAGACCGGAUAGAAUGACAUAUGCUGUGCGUGUUUUCAUAGAAGAAAAACUUGGUUCUAAAUAUAUCACGGCUAGAAGUGUGGAAUUUGAAAAAUCGUACGAAGAAACGAGUUCGUCAACGCCGGUGUUUUUUAUCUUGUCACCUGGAGUUAAUCCUUUGAAAGAUGUAGAGAAGCAAGGAAAAAAGCUGGGUUUUACUUUGGAUCAAGGGAAUUUUCAUAGCGUGUCACUAGGACAAGGGCAAGAAAUAGUGGCCGAAAAUGCUUUGGACCUGGCGGCGGAGAGAGGCGAUUGGGUGAUUUUGCAAAAUAUUCAUCUAAUACAGAGAUGGUUGGCUAGUCUAGAAAAGAAGAUGGAAUACUGUGCAGAGUUUGCUCACCCGAGUUUCAGGUUAUAUUUAAGUGCUGAGCCGGAUGCCGACCCUUUAGUUUCUGUGAUUCCACAAGGGAUAUUAGAGUCAUCGAUCAAAAUUACGAACGAGCCACCGACGGGAAUGUAUGCUAAUUUACACAAAGCUUUGGAUAAUUUCAAUCAGGAAACGCUAGAAAUGUCUACUAAAGAAGCCGAGUUUAAAGCUUUCUUGUUUGCUCUGUGCUACUUUCAUGCAGUGGUGGCUGAACGAAGAAAAUUUGGUGCCCAAGGAUGGAACAGGAAUUAUCCUUUCAAUGUUGGCGAUUUAACAAUCAGCGUCAAUGUCUUGUUCAACUAUCUGGAGACAAAUAAUAAGAUUCCGUAUGAAGAUUUGCGCUAUCUGUUUGGAGAAAUCAUGUACGGGGGCCACAUUACUGAUGACUGGGACAGGCGCCUAUGUCGCACUUAUUUAAUAGAAUAUAUGCAACCGGAAUUACUAGAGGGUGACCUACAAUUUGCCCCAGGAUUUUACGCUCCACCUAAUAUCGACUACAUCGGUUUUCACCGAUACAUCGACGACCGAUUACCAACUGAAAGUCCUUACUUGUACGGUCUUCACCCGAAUGCAGAAAUCGGGUUUCUGGCACAGAUCUCAGAGAAAAUGUUUCGAACCAUCUUUGAGCUGCAACCUCGAGAUACGGGAGCUCAGGCCGGAGCUGCAUUUUCCAAAGAAGACAAGGUGAGAGGCAUACUUGAAGACAUCUUAGAUCGGCUUCAAGAUGAAUUCCCAGUUGCUGAAAUGUUAGCCAAAGUUGAAGAUAGGACACCGUACAUAAUAGUAGCGUUCCAAGAAUGCGAUCGCAUGAAUACGCUAACCCGAGAAAUGAAAAGAUCGUUAAGAGAACUCGAUUUGGGUUUAAAGGGUGAAUUAACCAUCAGUUCUGACAUGGAAAUUCUACAAGAAUCGUUAUUCAUGGAUAACGUGCCGGACACCUGGUCCGUAAAGGCGUAUCCUAGCAUGCUACCACUAGGACAAUGGGUUGGUGAUUUGGGUGCGCGGAUCAAGGAACUGGAAAAUUGGGUGACAGAUUUUUCGAUGCCACCUGCGAUUUGGCUGGGCGGAUUUUUCAACCCUCAGUCUUUUCUUACAGCUAUUAUGCAGCAAACUGCGAGGAAGAACGAGUGGCCUUUGGAUAGAAUGUGUCUUUUGACUGAUGUGACUAAGAAAACUAAAGACGAGUUCAACGCUGCACCUCGAGAAGGUGCCUAUGUUCAUGGUCUGUUUAUGGAAGGAGCUAGGUGGGAUAUCCAGCUCGGUAGCAUCGCGGAUGCCAAACUUAAAGAUUUAUUCCCGGUAAUGCCGGUCAUCUUCAUUAAAGCUAUAACGCAGGAUAAACAGGACUUGAGAAAUAUGUAUGACUGUCCUGUUUACAAGACUCGAUCGCGAGGACCGACUUUUGUGUGGACUUUUAAUCUGAAAACAAAGGAAAAAGCUUCCAAGUGGACACUUGCAGGUGUAGCAAUCUUGCUGCAGAUUUAG